AUGGCACUCUCAAAACACUCCUCGAUCGUGAUCAUUGGCGCCGGGACAUUUGGUAUCAGCACAGCUUUCCAUCUGGCGAAGCGUGACUAUACCAACAUUAUAUGCAUUGACCGCCACCCCUGGCCCAGUCCAGACUCAGCAGGCUACGACCUCAACAAGAUUAUCCGUACGGAGUAUGAAGAGGAGCUCUACACCGAACUGGCCCUUGAGGCUUUACGCGCCUGGCGACAGCCCAUGUGGGAUGGUAUCUUCCAUGAGACGGGCAGAAUAACUACGACGAGCGGGGAUCCAGAGGCUGCUAAGAAUUUAAAAGAAUCCUACGAGAAUCUGCAAAGGGCUGGCGCAGCUGCCUCCAUUGAGUUCGUCGAGGGCAAAAAACAGAUCGUGAAGUUCUGCCCUCAGCUGGCAGGCGCAUCAGGUCUGGACGAAUGGAAGGGCCUUUGGAAUAGCGAAGCUGGCUGGGCACACGCACGCAAGGCGUUGGAAAAGAUGGCGUCAGAAUCGGAGAAAAUGGGCGUCAGGUUCGUAUCUGGCCCCGAAGGAACGAUGACUGGACUGGAGCUUGAUGCCACCAACAUGUUGCUUGGAAUAAGGGUCGCAUCGGGAGACAUCAUCAAGGCUGAUCGAUACAUCCUAUCGACCGGAGCAGCAUCUCCGGGAUUAUUGCCCGACAUUUUAUCAACCCAGCUUUGGUCAAAAUGCUGGACUCUUGCUCACAUUGAACUCACUGAUGAAGAAAUUGAGCAAUGGAAAGGCAUCCCAGUCGUCGACAAUAUGGAAUUGGGAUUUACGUUUGAGCCUGAUCCAGAGACCAAACUUAUGAAGAUCUGCAACGCCUUUCCAGGCUAUCAGUGCCGUCAGGGCGAGUACACUGAUCCUGAGACCGGCAAGAAGACCAUCUUCUCCGUGCCACGCUAUGCCAGCGACCACCCCGAGGACGGCAUCCCCGCCGAAGCCGCGGAAGGAAUUGAGCGUUUCAUUGCGGCCGUCAUGCCGCAGUUCUCAGGUCGUCCACUCAUACAAGCUCGCGUUUGCUGGUGUACCGACUCGCCCGAUUCACAUUAUCUCAUUGACCGCCAUCCCCAGCAUCCAAGCCUGCUUUUGGCCACAGGCGACAGUGGCCACGCCUUCAAAAUGCUCCCCAUCAUUGGAAACUACAUUGCGGAUGCGCUGGAAGGGUCUGAGCAAGGCUUGAAAAAGGAGUGGAGAUACGGUGGUCGAAAAGAAGUCAGGAAUGUAACUAGGCCCGGGACCGAGGUGAAGGACCUUAGAAGUGUUCUAGGCAUCCAAGACGUAGGCGAUAUGUCGAAGUUGUAA